CACGCACGCGGGGCGGGCCCAGGCGGGGCGGGCCCAGCCGGGGCGGGGCGAGGCCGGAGCGCGGCCUGCGCAGCUCGAGCGGCGGAUGAGGCCGCUGAGAGGGGCUAGCGGCCUGCGGUACAUUUCAGCAUCAAAACCAGGAAAAAUAGGAGGAAUGGCUGUGGAAGAACUUCAAUCCAUAAUAAAGAGAUGUCAAAUCCUAGAAGAGCAAGACUUUAAAGAAGAAGAUUUUGGCUUAUUUCAGUUAGCAGGUCAAAGAUGCAUAGAUGAAGGGCAUAUAGACCAGCUAUUAGAAAUUACUCAAAAUGAAAAGAAUAAAGUCAUCAUUAAGAAUAUGGGCUGGAAUCUUGUUGGUCCUGUUGUUCGAUGCCUUUUAUGGAAUGGUAAGGAAGAUGAAAAAAGGAAAUAUUUUCUGAUGCUUGAUUUAUUGGUAAAGUUAUGUAAUCCAAAGGAAUUAUUGUUGGGUUUGCUUGAACUGAUUGAAGAGCCCUCUGGAAAACAGAUAUCACAAAUUAUUCUUCUUUUACUUCAGCCAUUACAAACAGUGAUUCAGAAACUUCAUAACAACAAGGCAUAUUCAGUUGGAUUAGCAUUGUCCACCCUUUGGAGUCAGCUAUCCCUCCUCCCUGUCCCAUACUCAAAAGAACAAAUACAAACAGAUGACUAUGGCCUUUGUCAGUGUUGCAAGGCCUUAAUAGAGUUCACUAAGCCUUUUGUGGAAGAAGUCAUUGACGACAAAGAAAACUCACUGGAAAAUGAAAAGUUAAAGGACGAGUUACUGAAAUUUUGUUUCAAAAGCUUGAAAUGUCCUCUGCUGACAGCACAAUUCCUUGAACAGUCUGGAGAAGGUGGAAAUGAUCCUUUAAGGUGUUUUGCAUCUGAAAUAAUAGGAUUUUUGUCAGCAAUUGGACACCCUUUCCCCAAAAUGAUUUUUAAUCAUGAAAGGAAAAAGAGGAUUUGGGAUUAUCUUGAAUUUGAGGAAGAAGAAGACAAACAGUUAGCAGGGUCUAUGGCUUCUCUGGCAUAUCUAGUAUUUGUACAGGGCAUCAGUAUUGAUCAGCUCCCAAUGGUCUUAAGCCCAUCAUACCUUUUGCAAUUUAAUAUGGGGCAUAUUGAAGUCUUUUUGCAAAGAACAGAAGAGUCUGUUUUCUCCAAAGGAUUGGAUCUGUUGGAGAAUGGUUUAUUAAGAAUAGAAGAUAACAGUCUACUUCACCAGUGUUUAGAAAUCAAGAGUUUUCUUACUGUACCUCAAGGCUUAGUCAAAGUAAUGACACUUUGCCCCAUUGAGACACUGAGGAAGAAGAGUUUAGCUAUGCUUCAGUUGUAUAUUAACAAGUUGGAUUCACAAGGCAAAUAUACAUUAUUUAGGUGCUUAUUGAAUACAAGCAAUCACUCAGGUGUGGAGGCCUUUAUUAUUCAAAAUAUCAAAAAUCAAAUUGAUGUGUCUUUAAAGAGAACAUAUAACAAAUGGUUUACAGGACCAUCACUGAUUUCCCUUCUAGAUUUGGUACUCUUUCUCCCAGAGGGUGCUGAAACAGAUCUACUGCAAAACUCAGACAGGAUAAUGGCUUCAUUAAAUUUAUUGAGAUAUUUGGUUAUCAAAGAUAAUGAAAAUGAUAAUCAAACUGGAUUAUGGACAGAACUUGGAAAGAUUGAGAAUAAUUUCUUAAAGCCACUCCAUACAGGACUUAAUAUGUCAAAAGCACAUUAUGAAGCAGAAAUUAAAAAUAGCCAAGAAAAUAGCCAAGAAGUCCAAAAGUCUAAGGAUCUUUGUUCUGUAACUGUAGGUGGAGAAGAGAUCCCUAACAUGCCUCCUGAAAUGCAGCUUAAGGUCCUACAUUCAGCUCUUUUCACAUUUGAUUUGAUUGAAAGUGUUCUGGCUCGAGUAGAAGAACUCAUUGAAAUAAAAACAAAGUCUACCUCCGAAGAAAAUAUUGGGACGAAAUGAAAGUUCCAUUUCCUAAAUAAAAAUUAGUAAAAUACUGUU